AUUUGAGCCCUGAAACUGAGCGCAGUUUGACUUCACCCUGCAGCAGGUUCGACCACCACUCCAGCAGAGAAUCUCUUUCUUCUCACCGCGAAUGAGCAGAUUCCACGCGGUCUCCAUCGCAGCAUCAUGAGCUUCCGAACACAGUGCAUACCAUGGUGGCCGGCUCCAGGUCGUCAUUGAGGCGUCCUACCCUACGAGGCCAGAAAUCAUCCAGGUCGAACAGUCCUAUCAACAACGAACCGCCCCCUCCUCUCCUCCCAACAUCCGGCAAUGAAGGCAUCGCACUCAGAUCCAAACGGCAUCGAGCUACUACCAUUGCCACGCCUGAGCAUGACCUGAAGAGACGCCGGUUGUCGACGAACAAGAGCGAGAAACCUCAAUUACGUAUCCCGCUACGCAGUCGAGGGGGUUUACCUAAAGCCCUCUCACCACCUCCCGCCACCGCCCCAACGGUGGUGCCUCCCAAGCCUGCUGCCAAUGCAAAUACCGCACAUAUCAACAACCUACCCAUCGACUCCCCUAUAUCCCCAGGCGAAAAAUCACAAUAUGACCAGAUCAAAAUUAUUGAAGAGAAGGCCAGAGCCGCAAUCCGAGCAGGCGGUCUGUCCACAAACCACGAGGAGCGGCGAAAAUUACGCUCAGAGGAUGGAGGGUCUCGGGCUAAAACGGAGCUUGCGCAGUAUUUCCCUGAUUUUGAGGAGAUGCUGAGUUUGAAGCCGCCCGAUCCAGAUGCAUUGACUAUCAGGACGAAAGUCGUCCUAGUCGACGAUACACCUGACUUCGAGCCGCCUCCCUCCAAGUCUGACCCCUUUGGAGCGCACAAGCCGCUGCAUAACACCCAAAUCAUCCUCCUAGGCCAGCCUGAUAGCACUGCCCAUCAUGGCUCAGCCGAUCCUCUGGGCGAGGAUGUGUACGUCAAGAUCCAUGCAAAGGCUGAAAGGCAUGAGAAACAGAUGAAGAAUAGCGACAGGGAACGAGCCCAGCAUGAGAAAUACCAAUUGGAAAAGCUCCUCGACGACCUGCGAGGACCGGACUGGUUGAAGACUUUGGGGAUAAGCGGCAUUACUGAGACAGAGAAGAGGCGAUACGAGCCCAAACGACUAUUAUUCAUUCGAGAAACUCAAGCCUUGAUUGACAAGUUCAAAAGAUGGAAAGAGGAAGAGAAACGCAGAAAGCUGGAGCGAGAACAGGAGUUGCUGGAGGCGGCCGUCCUAGAGGACGAAGAUGGACAAGAAGAACAGGACGAAGGCGAAGACGCGGAUAACGAGGCCUCAAACGGCGCCUCGGGUGUCGAGGAAGAAAGUCUCGACAGUGCAUCGACCCAUGCCCCGAAUUCUAGUGAGCUCGACGCACUUGCGUCGCAACAGCUGAUCGAGGAAGCGAAGAUUGCCCACAAACGCAGAAAGCCGACCCCUUCACAAUGGGUCGAGCCUCCGGCGCCCAAGCCAUUCACUUCUUUUUUUGACAAACGACAUCUGCGAGAUGCUGCGGUUGCAGGUCGUCAGAGGGGACGUACCAUUCUUGCCUUUGGACAUCCCAUCCCCGACUUUUCGGAGGAAGAAUUUGAGCUUCCAGACGAUAUUCUUACGGACGAAGCGAUCAAAGCCAGGCAGCGGUCUCACCGGCGACUUAGGAGAGGCGCUGGGUGAAGUUGAGUGCAAAAGAAAAUCGAUGAAAUCAUUUCUAUAGCUUGGGCCUUUGUACUGUACAGGAUACACCUGGGGAUUGUAUGAGGACCGGUCAGAGCUCGGACGGUGGCUGGAGGAAUUUCAACCUUGCUGAAGCAGUUUUCCAUGGAAUGAUUUUACGUUGGAAUGGAGGAGCGUUGUUCAUCUUGCUCGAGCACAACCAGUUCAUUUCGCGCAGGUUUGGCGGAUCAUACCACGGAGGUGUGACCACUGUAUCAUGGCCCCUUUGAAAGGGAUGGGGAAAAAGUACUCCUAUUCGUACAAAAACACUUGAAAGACUACGAACAUGUUUCAACCCA